UAUUUGUAGAGAGAUAGUUGAAGUUGAAGCGGUUGAUGGGAAAUCGAAUUGGUUUUGUGUAAAAUUUACGUUCUAUGGCCAAGUUUUUCUAAAUGUUAAGAAAAACUUAUCUAAAUCUAAGUAAAUAGACGGAAAGCUGGUGGUGUAACUGGAUAAAAGAUCGAAUUGAAAUAUUUAUAAUAAUUAAUUUGGACGACGGCACCCUCUCAUAAAAAAUAACAAUAUAAGUGCAAACUAAAGUGAAUCAGCAAAAAUCACUAAAAGAUAUUCGGACUUCUCUUCCUUGCAGCUGCUAUUAAUUUAUGUAUAUGAUUUAUUGGUAAGACGCCAUCGACGUCGCGUACCAAUGUUUUCUUUCGUACAAAUGAACUUCAGCGCUCUAUCGGUACUUCUGUCAAGAGUGUGGACAUGCAUCUGUUUUAUGUUCAAUAGACAAGUUCGCUCGAUUGUACAAUAUCAACCAGUCAAAUAUGAACUCUUCCCACUGUCGCCGGUGUCACGGCAUCGGCUUAGUAUCGUGCAGCGGAAAACGCUUGUGCUGGAUCUGGACGAGACGCUUAUCCAUUCACAUCACAGCGCAAUGUCAAGAAAUACCGUUAAGCCGGGCACACCACAUGACUUUACAGUGAAAGUAAUUAUUGAUCACCAUCCGGUACGUUUCUUCGUUCAUAAACGGCCUCAUGUCGACUAUUUUUUGGACGUGGUUUCACAGUGGUAUGAUCUAGUUAUAUUUACAGCCAGUAUGGAGAUAUAUGGGGCAGCAGUUGCUGAUAAACUGGACAACGGACGCAAUAUUUUGCGCCGGCGCUAUUACCGUCAGCAUUGUACGCCUGAUUUCAGUUCUUAUACCAAAGAUUUAUCUGCUAUCUGCAAUGACUUGAAUAGAAUAUUCAUAAUUGACAAUUCCCCUGGUGCAUAUCGUUGCUUUCCUAAUAACGCGAUACCAAUCAAGAGUUGGUUCUCGGAUCCAAUGGAUGUUGCGUUGCUAUCACUACUUCCAAUGUUGGAUGCCUUGAGAUUUACAAAGGACGUGCGUUCGGUUUUGUCAAGAAACUUACAUUUGCAUCGUUUAUGGUAGCAGUUUUACAGAUUGAAAAUUUGGUGCUGUGACGCUUAAACGAAGUUUUAGUUUGUUUUAUAUGAUAAGCAUUAUAAAACGAAAGGAAGGCAAAUACAAAAACAGAAUUUUUGACAUACAUGAA